UCGGAAGUAAAUGUAGUAAUAAUUGUUUUCAGGCAUUGACUAUGCCACUGACCGACUAAACAGACUAUUCAAAACAGUAGCUUUUACUAAGUUUAUUACGAUGAUCACUACAGAAGUUGUAAAAACUUGACGUCAAUCUGGUCCGGUGAGCAACGUAGCAAAUGUGGUUUCCAGGGACAUGACUGGGAGAAUGAGUGAACGAGGAGCUCACGCUGCUUGGAGGAUUCGUCGCUCCUGAUUUCACACGUUGGGAGGUUGGAUAAGCGUAAUGAGCCUCUUAGAGCAGCGCAACGAACGCCUGUGAAUUUCUCGUGCACUGCCACUAGUGGGCAGCACUGAGAAUGUAGACAAGGGGCUCUCUCUUGCACACACAGUCAGCUGACCGGAGGCUUGGAGUGGGGCCAGGCAGAGAGGAGCAGGCUUGAUGUGGGGUCUGUUUGCUCUGCUGUGCCUGGGGCCAGUGGUGGGGCUGCAGCAGGACCAGGUGGCCGGGCACGCCAUCCGGCUCCACCGCGGGCGAGGCGUGGCGCCCGCUCAGGGCCGGCAGUGGGUGGCGGAGAACUGCCGCCGUCUCUCGGGCCUCCUGCGGCAGAAGAAGGCGGCGGUGAGGAAGCUGGCCGUCGCCGUGGCAGCCACCGAGCGAGAUCGGUCCCUCUCCGACCCGGAGAAGCUCUUCCAGGUGCACACGCUGGAGAUCUUCCAGAAGGAGCUCAACGAGAGCGAGAAGUCCGUGUUCCAGGCGGUGGUGGGCCUCCAGCGGGCCCUGCAGGGCGACUACAAGGAUGUGGUCAACAUGAAGGAGAGCAGCCGGCAGAGACUGGAGGCCCUGCGGGAAGCAGCCAUUAAGGAAGAGCAGGAAUAUGUGGAGCUGAUCGCUGCAGAGAAACACCAGCAGGAGGCGCUGAAGAUUGUGCAGGACCAGAACAAAACUCUGUCUGUACUGGAUGAGAUCCUGGAGGACGUGAGGCGAGCUGCUGACCGGCUUGAGGAGGAAAUAGAGGACCACGCUUUUGACCAGAACAAACAGAUGAAGGGAGUGAAUGUGGAGGCGGUGUUCAGGGUGGAGGAUGAGGAAGACUCUCAGAGGAACAUGUCCAGGCGGGAGGUGGAGGAUGACCUGGGCCUGAGCAUGCUAAUCGACUCCCAGAAUAACCAAUAUGUCCUGACCAAGCCCCGUGACUCCACCAUGCCCCGUGCCGACCACCAUUUCAUCCAGGACUUGGUGUCAGUGGUCAUGCUGUCUCUGCCCUGUGGUUGGCUGUGUACUCUGGUGGGACUGCCCACGAUGUUUGGCUACAUCAUCUGCGGGGUCCUCCUGGGCCCCUCUGGGCUCAACAGCAUUAAGUCCAUGGUUCAGGUGGAGACCUUGGGGGAAUUUGGGGUGUUCUUCACUCUGUUUGUCGUUGGCCUGGAAUUCUCCCCUGAACGCCUGCGUAAAGUGUGGAAGAUCUCGGUGCAGGGGCCGUGCUACAUGACCCUGCUGAUGGUGGGGGUGGGGCUGCUGUGGGGGCACCUACUGCAAAUCCGCUCCACUCAGACGGUCUUCAUCUUUAGCUGCCUCUCCCUCUCCAGCACCCCCCUGGUGUCCCGCUUUCUCGCUGGGGGAACACGGGGAGAGAAGGAAGGUGAAUUGGAUUACAGUAGUGUUCUGCUCGGGAUGCUGGUGAUGCAGGAUGUCCAGCUCGGGUUGUUCAUCGCAGUCAUGCCCACCCUCAUUCAGGUUGGGAAUGGGACCCUAGACAGCGUGGUGAUGGGGGGCCUGCGUGUUCUGGUGCUGCUGGGGCAGGUCCUCAUGUCCCUGGCGGCUGUGCUGCUGCUGUGUGCGCUGCUCAGGUCCUAUAUAAUUGGCCCGUACUACAGGAAGCUGCACGCGGAGUGCAAGGGCAACAAGGAGAUCCUUGUGCUGGGCACAACGGCCUUCGUCUUUCUCAUGCUGAAGGUGACCGAGCUCCUGGGUGUUUCCAUGGAGCUGGGCUGCUUCCUGGCUGGAGCUCUCCUCUCCUCCCAGGGUCACAUGAUCACUGGGGAGGUGUUGAGUUGCAUUGAGCCAAUCAGAGACUUCCUGGCAAUCAUCUUCUUUGCUUCCAUUGGUCUCCAUGUGUUCCCUACCUUCGUGGCUUAUGAGCUGACCAUUCUGAUGGUUCUGACUCUGUCUCUAGUCAUCAUGAAGUUUGUCAUGGCGGUGCUGGUGCUGUCUGUAAUCCUGCCCCCGUGUAGUCGCCACAUCCGCUGGAUCGUCUCGGCCGGUCUGGCGCAGGUCAGCGAGUUCUCCUUCGUCCUGGGGAGCCGCGCCCGCCGGGCGGGAAUCAUCUCGCGAGAGGUGUACCUGCUGGUCCUCAGUGUCACCACACUGAGUCUGCUCCUGGCACCUGCUCUGUGGAGAGUUGCCAUCCUCAAGUGUGUCCCCAGAACAGAGCGGAGGAUUUCUACCUGACCCCAAGAAGAGGAGGCACAGGAUUUGGGGGUCAGAGGUCAUCAUAGUGUCAGAGGGCAGCUGCUGGUUAACUGAACAGUUGGUUUCAAUGUUUUGUACUUCCACGGUAUUAAAUCUGCAACACCGUGUUCUUUGUGAUAGUUCAAUAGUAAAUAAGAAAAAUCAUGAACAGUUCAGAAAGACAAGGGAACAAUGGGGAGGUGGUGAGACUUAUAAGGCCACCUGUGGACCAUGUAUCUUGCCAUAAACAUGAUUACCAGCAAAGGGCGCAUUCAUACGAGUUGGACAAAGACCUGUCUUAUAACGAGGAGUAUGUCAAACAUCGAUCAAAGCUUUUAGCUGAAUAUAACUUAUAGACUCGUUGCACCAUCUGGACCUAAGAAUUUCUUUCCAAUGCAACACUAAUUGAGUUUCAAUUUAUUUUUUUAUUGUGAAAGACAUAUAUCAACUCCAAAAUGAGUUCUCAUCUUGGUUCGAGCACAUGUCGGUCCAAACCAGGGGAUGUGCCUCACCUGCAAGUCAGAUGCCUACUCCUUCCAUUGCCUGUAGAUAGCUGCCUUUGAUUGGCGGUGAACAUUUGUACAUGACAUACUGUACGUGCUCAGUGUUUACAUAAGUGGCAGCUGAUGAAUACUCAGCUGACAAAUAGGUGAAUAUUUUUUUCAACAAUUUCUUUAGCUUGCUGGCUGCUUUUAAACCACAACAUAUCACUCAUGUUGUUAUUUUUUAAUCUGUUAUUUUAACUUUUCUUUUUUGUCUUGUGCUCAGUUUUUAGUCAGUAGGCUAAAAUGUGAACAAAGGAAUGCAGGUGUAUAUACGCAACAAGCCUUGCCCAGCAAUGAUUAUUCUGCGUAUUUACAUGCUUGUGUCAGCAGACACAGCUAUUGCCAAGAUAAUGUUAAAUUGAUAUGUUGGGAGUAAUGUUGGAUGACUGGCUCCUGUUUAUGAACAUACAGUAUUGUCUUGGUGUAUACACAAGACCUGCUUUUGCAUAUGCAGCUGGUGGGUCUGUAGGCCCCAGGAGUCUCUCUCUGACUCGUAUGUACAGAUGCUUUGUUCUGCAUCACUGAAUGUGUUUUUAAGCUUUUAAAUUAAAUAUAGAAAUGCUUUGCCUGCGCAACACUGAAUAUUGCACCACAGUCCAACAACUGAAUUUUGUCAGAGCAUUUACCAAAUACCUGCAUUGCCUUUUUAUAUCUUCCCAUGACUAAGCAGGCUUAGAAAUAGUUUUUUUCCCCUUGCUCUCUCAGUGACUGACUGGUUUUCACAGUUUGUUUUUUGUCGCAUUCCAAAAUAGUUAGUGGUGUUUUACACACCACCUCUAUUGUUAGCCCAUGACUCCCUACCCUCUGGUUACCAGCUAGGUUUGAUUUUUGUUGCAACACUUUCUAAUUUCUACAAUAAAGUGGACUAGAUCCAUGUCUACUGUAGCUUUAUGGAUUAAUCCAUGGACCAGGCCUGAAACUGAUACCUUUUCACAGGACAUAGACUGUGAAAACAAGUCAGGGCUAUCCAAAAGUAAUGAAAUAUAGUAUGAUGUAUACACAGGCUAUUACUUAGACAUUCUUUAUUGAGUUCAUAGGGGUAAGACAAAAAAGUACAUUUUAUUCCAGACAUAACCAUGGAUGCUCCAUUUACGCUAAUAUGAUUCGUUUUUACAAUCAUAACUAGUAGUCGGAAGGAACAGUAAGUUAGUGGAAUGCAUUCCAGCAUUUAUUAAUUUUCAAAAUGGCUUCCGGAGAUAAUAAUUGGGCUCUGGUGACCUAUUUCGCGGUUUGAUUGUUGUUGUUGUAUUUUGUUUGUUUGUUUUUUUUUUUUUUUUACGUGAAUGUACUUUUCCUCAAACUGGUGUGUAUGGAGGUGUGGGUAGUUUCACAGAAAACUGAAGGAAACCAUGCUGCUGUAAGAAAUGUAUAUUAAUGGUACUUUUUACAUCUGAUGGACGUGAGUUUACUGAUGGAAUAGUUUGCUGUUAAAGUAUGUUACUGAAGCUGGGAACUUUAUAAUUGCACUGUAGGCGCCUGCAUUGUAGGCUGUGUUUUAUUGGGCAUUGGGCAGAAGUCUACCCUAAAUGUUUCAGUUCUGACCCCUUUGCAUUUUAUUAAUAUUCUUGAAAUCGUUUCCUGAUGGUUAAUUCCUAAUUAGGCAAUGUUCUGUGAUUGCAUUUCCGUUGACUCUUCAAAAAACAUGUAAUAACAUCACGUAUUGAUAAUUACAAUAAAAUACAAACGUAGCCUAUUUAUAU